UAUUUGUGAUUAAUUUGGUUGCUUAGCAACAUAUAUAAACGAUAUAAACAUUUUGAAAAUCCUGAAAACAGACGUUAAUUAGUUGCGUUUUUCAAGCUUCAGACGGAUUUGUAGAUGAUUUUUUACGAAUUUAGGCCAUGGCUUCCAGUUUUGUUUCUUAUUUUAAAAUAAAUGGAAUCGCUAUUCUUCCUCCACUGAUUACGCCGGAAAUACGUUCUGAGAUGUUGGAUUAUAAAAAGAAAGCAAUUCUUAUAGAACAGAAACGUAAGGAAGUUGGGCAACCUAAAUUGAAAGCCUUUGAUCAAUCCGGAGAUAAAUACAUAUUAGAAAACACAAUGCAAAGUUCAGAGAAAGAUUACAACUCUGAAAAAGAAUUGCUCGUUCUAAGCAAGGAAGAUGAAAUUUUACCGGAUUUAUCGUCGACGACUGUUAGAAAUGACUCUACCAUAGACACCGAAGGCGAGUCUACUACAUCGCGACUCAUCAGAUCAAACUCGUAUACUUUGGACAGUCCAAGCCCUUUAUUGAUUAAACAUUUGCAAAAUGAGAACUUGAACAUAACGGGUUUAAGUUCAAUGAAUGAGCCUUCAAAUGAAAUUACAAAAUGUAAGAAGCUAGACUUCAAUGAUGGUGGAACAUUGUUGCAGAAAAAGUCUCCUAGGUCUGCUAAAAGACCUGAUUGGGUUUCAUCUAAAAAGGUUUCGCUCAAACCGCUGAAACCAAUUAAAAAGCACAUAAGUCCCUACAAGCCGACUUCUAAAACAAAUGCUAAAGCUGCUAGCAAAGGGACCAUCGGGAUAACAAGAACGAACAACUCGAUUGACAAUAGGAUCUCAACCACAAAAGAAAAAGCUUCAGAUUCAACGGUUAGUCAUUGUCAUCAACGAAUUGAAGAAAUUAAAGCAGACCAUGAAAUGCGUAUGGCGGAACUUCUGAAAAAACAGGAACAAGAACAACAUCAACUGCUAGAAAACUUUCGCCAACAACAAGAGGAACUGAUGAAAUUGCUUCCUGUGCCAGUGCUAGACCAGAUACACACUUCUACGCCUCUAAUCACAAGUCCCAAUGAAUCAACGGAGGUGGACAAUGAAAUUCUACCUUCGUUCAGAAAGCUUAAUAUUAGUUCGAAAGAUUUUGGUCACAGCAAUGAGUCUCAAUCGAGUAUCGAUAGUUUAUGUUCUAGUCAAACGUUGUUCGUUUCCUCCAAUACGAGUAGAACCAGUAUCAAUUUGGAAAAUUCCGAUAUUCUAUACAAGUCAUGUGAGAACAACAAUGUUGGGAACGAUACUUCGGAUGUAAAUGGAAACAUUGCAAUCAAUAAUGUACGUAACUACAUUCAAGAAAUCGGAGCAAGUCUUGCUGACAAUGAUCUCAAAGAUUUAAGUCGAUUUGGUAGCAGUGGGGACCAACGGAAAGGACAAGAUUGUGCCCAGCAUCAUGCCGCGAGUGUUAUUAACGCUUACACCCGAGGAUAUCUCACGCGUCGGCUUUUUCAAACCGAUCGUGUUCAGAAAAUUGUACAGAUUAUUCGCGAUACGCUACUUUUUAUACUCGAUUUACACUAUGAGAAAAAAGCACGACAAAAUACUAGCAGUCCAGCUGAUUUACAACUGAAGAAAACUUUGCUCCAUCAACUGACGUCGGCUUGCUAUCGAUUACAUGAAAUGUUCUUCGAGACGACUAUUCGACAACGGAUGGAAGUUAUUCGCAGGGAUCGUGAAUACAUAAGACGCAAAUUGGAAAGCCGGCAAAGUGUGGCAAGCUUCGAAAACUUUUCGAAGCUAAAUCAGUCUAAACACGCAGACGCAUCAUACACAGAUAGCAGUUUGAGGAAGUUGCAGUAUUGCUCACUAUAUUCAGUGAACAUUGAAGGCACAGUAACUGAUAAAACCGAAGACACAGAAGGCCAGCUUGAGCAAGCUAACCAACAGAUCAACUUAAGCUCAAUUUCUAAAAUGAACCUCAGUACACAAACCAACACCUCCGGUCAUUCCGUUGAUGCUACUUCGCCCCUGGUGCCUCCUAGUCUUUCGGCAACUGUUGUGUCGCGUCUCGUAAACCAGAUGAAGAAUGUAACUCCUCCCGUUACUGAUGUUGGUCACUGCCAAAACAAACAAUACAUACGACCAAAAACAACCGGAGCCUGCCAUAGACCAGCGAAAGAACAAAAAUAUAUUUAACAUUUCAUAUCAUUCAAAGUUUUAUUUCUAGUUUAACAAUUGAAAUUAUUUUGUAUGUAGAAAACAGUAAAAUACAAUCGUUUGAUCAAACGUUUUGUAA